AUGAACAUGUUCACCAUAUGGAAAUCAGACAAGCGCCAAUCAUCGCUCCAGGAAGCCACAGACCUCGACACACCGCUAUUUUCCGAGCUGCUCCUUUCUCUCGAGAGCCGACAGCGCUUUCUGGAACUUGCCUGGAAGGUCCAACCUCCUAGUCCGUCAAAAGCAGACAACCUCGAGAGAUUUGAAUUUUACUUCCAUCAUUACCAUGAAUGCUGCGGGAAGAUCUCGUCAGUCAUCAAAACAUGUUCACAUAGGCACGUCUGCCAAACAAUCCGAGAACUAAAGGACCGCACACGAGAACAAUGUGAAGAGGCGGUACUGCAAUCGCUUCCAGCUGGCUCCACUGCUGCUAUGGCGGCCGAGCUGGUUGACUUUACCGGCAAGGCAGCACUUUUCAUAGACUUUGCAGACUGGGAUUCGACGGAGUCCCUACCGAUAUUCUUGUCGCGGAAAAUUGCGAGCAAGUCAACGAUCAAAGAUGAGUUCCGAAUGCGCAGAUCAUUCAAUGCAAGAGCAUUUGCGAUGGUCGCAGGUAUCAAUGUUCAAUGGACUCGAAAUCUCGCCGAGCAUCUCGAGGUAACAGGCGACGAUUCAGACAUUGCCAUCUUCCACUGUGUCGCCGCACUGGAUCUGUAUGAGCAAUCCGAGUUCAACCAGAUGCUACCCGCCGGCUUUGUGGAGGAGACACGGCGCACCUUGGCCCUGAUGCUUCCGAGCGCAGACCAAAAUACGCAGGCAUGGUUGGAAAAGCAAAAGCGCAAACGGAAACUGGAUCCUCGAUGUGGCAGCUGCCCGCACUUGAAAGCAUCUCAGCGGCACACUCGGGACUUUGACUUCUGGAGGGAUCGUAUCGUUGUUGCAAAGGAGGUCUUUGACGAGCACCAGCCCAAGGGCAUUCUGCAGGUCUGGCGCGAUAACCGAAACCAGGUUCAGUGGUGGACAUUCUGGAUAGCCAUUAUCUUGUUCAUCUUAACGAUCAUUGCCUGCGUUGAGGGUGCCCUGCAGGUGUACAAAGCUUACCGCCCCUCAAGUUAG